GGAACAGUAUGAAAAACAAAUAGACGGUUGGUUGCGUAAUACCAGUCUCCUCCGACAGAAUCAUAGAAUCCAUCACCACGCUCACUUCCUGGAACUGGUCUUCGUCUCUCUCAGACUCUAACAGAAAGCAUGAAGGAACAGCAACAGUCCCUCCUCCUCAGCUCCUCCGCUCGCUUCCCUCCUCCUCAAGGUGUGAGGCUUUCGUACGGUACGGCAGGUUUCAGGGCUGAUGCGGGGUUGCUCCAAUCGACGGUGUACAGAGUGGGGAUCUUGGCAGCUCUGAGGUCUCUCAAGAUGGACUCUUCGGUGAUCGGGCUCGUGAUUACGGCCUCUCACAACAAAGAGUCUGAUAAUGGAGUCAAAAUUGCUGACCCAAGUGGCGGAAUGCUCUCUCAACAUUGGGAACCAUUCGCUGAUGCACUUGCCAAUGCUCCCUCUCCCCAACACCUCCUCCAUCUGAUAAUCGAAUUUGUGGAGAAGGAAAACAUUCCAUUGGAAGGAGUGAGGCCAGCCCAGAUAUUGUUGGGGAGGGACACUAGGCCUAGUGGGGAAUCUCUACUUGAAGCUGCAAAACAAGGAAUCAGUUCAAUUCUUGGAGCAGUUGCCAUCGAUAUGGGAAUUGUGACAACCCCACAACUACAUUGGAUGGUUCGUGCAAGAAAUAAGGGCGUGAAAGCAUCUGAACUUGAUUAUUUUGAACAGCUAUCGAGCUCAUUCAGGUGCUUGAUGGAUUUGAUCCCUAGUGGCAGUACAUUCAAUGAGUUGGAUAACAAAUUGGUGGUGGAUGGAGCUAACGGUGUGGGUGGAGAAAAGCUUGAAGUUUUAAAGAAAAUGUUGGAUGGUUUGGCUAUUGAGGUUCGUAAUUCUGGGAAAGAUGGAGGUGUACUCAAUGAAGGAGUUGGUGCUGAUUAUGUGCAGAAAGAGAAGGUUGUUCCUUGUGGAUUUAGUUCCCAGGAUGUAGGGAUAAGGUGUGCUAGUUUGGAUGGGGAUGCUGAUCGGCUUGUAUAUUUUUCUGUGCCAUCAGAAAGUAGCAGUAAGAUUGAUCUUGUUGAUGGGGACAAGAUAUUAUCUCUGUUUGCUGUUUUCAUUAAAGAGCAACUAAGCAUUCUCAAAAAGGAAGGGCAUACAGAUGUAAAUAGCGAUUAUCAACCUCGACUUGGUGUCAUACAGACAGCUUAUGCAAAUGGAGCAUCAACAGAUUACCUUAGAAGGUUGGGCUUAGAAGUUCUGUUUACUCCAACAGGAGUGAAAUAUCUACAUGAAAAAGCUGCUGAGUAUGAUAUUGGGAUCUACUUUGAGGCAAAUGGCCACGGAACGAUCGUGUUUUCUGAAUCCUUCUUAUGUUGGUUAGAGUCCAGAAAUAAUGAGCUUUCUUCAGUAGUUAAAGGUUCAGAGCAGCAAAAGGCUGCUUUGAGACUAUUGGCAGUCAGUAAGUUAAUCAACCAAGCUGUUGGAGAUGCUCUGAGUGGGUUACUCUUGGUGGAGGUCAUUUUGCAACACAUGGGAUGGUCAAUACACAGAUGGACUGAGUUUUACCGAGAUCUACCCAGUAGGCAGCUCAAGGUUAAAGUUGUAGACAGAACUGCUGUUGUAACAGCGAAUGCAGAAACUGUGGUUGUGAAGCCCCCUGGCAUACAAGAAGCCAUUAAUGCCGAGACUGCCAAAUACCCUCAAGGCCGAUCUUUCAUACGACCAUCGGGUACUGAGGAUGUCAUUCGAGUUUAUGCAGAGGCAUCAACACAAGAAGCAGCUGACAGCCUAGCCAAUUCUGUGGCCAAACUUGUGGACCAGUUCCUAGGGUUUAGCAGCUCUUGAAGUCUUCUUUCUAACUAAUGUUUUAAUUGGAGAUUUGUCAUAUAGAGUUGGUCUUUAGUUGAUCAGCUUGAUUUUGAUUUAAUGUUAUUGAUCGUUGAAUAUGUAACUGAUUACUUAGAACUAUGAGUUGGUAGGAGAUAUACCUUGAUACUUGGGGAACACAUAACAUGAAGAAGCGUAGACAGCAAACAUUGCAAUGUUUUGGAAUGAUAGUUAUGUAUUUAUUUUGUUUUGGAUUUGAAAGGAAUAAUUUUUGUAUUCUCAAUA